GUCGCCAGAGCCGACCGCAGAUACUUUCCAUUCCACCGAUGUUGGUCCGUCGACGAUUUGUUGUUUCGCGCUCAUCGCGAGCAGAUCGCCACGUUUCGAUCGCGCUGGUAGUCAGUAGGACGUCCCUGGUUUAGCAUUAGAAUAUCUUGUUUCUAGUAGCUACUGCUGGUGUCGAAUAUUCGGAAAGGAACUGAAUCAACGGACGGCAAAGAAUUAACACGGCAGCAGCAGCAGAGUGAGCGAGUUAGCAACAAGCAGUAAGCGGCCCCAGCCGGGUCUAGGCAACGCAAGUCAGAGAGGUGGUGAAGGUUGCCCUGCGCCAGUAAUCGUGCGCCAAUACUGGAAGAAGGGGGUGUUGGUAGAAGGUCUCCCCAGUACCGGCGGCAAGCAGCGGCCAGUUGCACUAGGCGAGUUGAAGCCGAAUGAAUCGUGCGAGAGUAACGUUAGGUAGCGACUAGCUGCUACCACGCCCGAAUCUUCGUUCUAAGUAUACCAGUAACGCCUAGUCCGGUACUCGUAGUGAAUCGUAGUUGCUGUCAGUUGUGUUUUGUGUUUCGGCCAGCUCCCACGCUUAUACCCACGGUUUACAGUGGCCUCUAAUGUUUGAACGUUCCGGAACCCAAUGAGCUCUCCUCAUCACGGGUAUUAGGGAAGUGUUUUGUGAGAUACGAUUGACAAAGCAAUAGUGUGGCAGGUACUAGACCUUACGUUACCAACGAAAGAUAACCUUCAAAUCUUCAGCGCUUGUGCCUUGAACAUUUGGAAAGGUUUUCAUCUUCUGGUUGAUCUACAAUUGUCACCGACCAGUAGUGUCCAGUGACCAGUGAAGUGAACAAAAUGUUUCGAAUCACGCGAUCAUCGAUGCAUCGAUUGCUCGUCACCGUUUGCUUGCUGCAUCUAACUACAUUUAUACCCCGUCCAGCCCUGGGCAACGACAAUCUACGUGUAGCGUACCAAUGGAACCAAAUCGAUUUUGAGUUUUCCAGCGACACCGAGCGACAAGAGGCUCUCGCCUCGGGGCGUUACAUCCCGGAAAAUGUAAUUCCCGUUGGACUGGAAGUGUACAAGAAGCGACUCUUUCUGACACUUCCCCGCUGGAAACAGGGCAUCCCGGCUUCGCUCGCAUACAUCAACCUCAACGAAACGACAACACAAUCACCACGUUUAUACCCAUACCCCAACUGGAGUGCGCACCGACGGUUGAGUGAGAACGACGCACAGGAAAUAGUAUCACCGUUCCGGAUACGAGCUGAUCGUUGUGGCCGGCUAUGGGUGCUAGAUACCGGUGUCGAUGAGUUGCUGGGCAACACGACCGUCUUUGCACCCACCUCACUGCUGGUGUACGAUCUCACAUCCGAUAAUCUACUUCGCCGCUAUCAGUUCCCCAGUGAUCAUCUCAAAGAAAAUUCAUUUUACGCAAAUAUUGCUGUAGAAGAUGCAGUUUGUGACGAUACGUUCGCAUAUGCGGCCGAUCUCGGUAGCCCAGGUCUGGUGGUGUACUCCUGGAAACAACAGGAAUCGUGGCGAGUGAAGCAUCACUUCUUUUACCCGGAUCCACUAGCCGGAAACUACAACAUCACGGGCAUCAACUUCCAGUGGGACGAUGGGCUUUUCGGACUUGCACUCUCCAAGCCGCAAUCCGAUGGCUUUGCGACACUCUUCUUCCAUCCGCUGAGCUCACUCAAUGAGUUCUCAGUGUCCACCAAGGUGCUGCGGAAUCGAACCUACGCGCUUGACACGAGGAACUACAAGGAAUUCAAGGUUCUUGGAUCGCGCGGUCCUAACGGACAGGCCGGAGUGGCCUUUCUCGAUCAGAAAACCGGGGUCAUUUUCUACGCUCUUCCCAACCUGAACGCGGUCACAUGCUGGAAAACAUCCAAUCGCGCAUUAAAUUUUAAAUCUCUCGGCCGUGUUUAUAUGAGCAGCGUCGAAAUGGUCUUCCCUAAUGACGUCAAGGUGGAUGACGAAAGUCGGCUAUGGGUACUGUCCGAUCGGUUACAUCAGUACAUGUACGAGUCCCUCAAUCGGAAUGACAUCAACUUCCGUGUCCUUACGGCUACAGUAAAGGAUGCCAUUCAAAACACGGCCUGUGAUACGAACAUCAAACCCCUGCCAGAUAUCAUCACAAACCUCGGUGACAUUCUACGGCCAUCGACCAGUACAGUGGCUCCAAAGAGUGGAUCCAGUGUGGCACUAACUCUUCAGUCUAAUCGUUUCAUCACGGUGCUGCUAGCAACAGUCAUUACUCUACUUUUCUCAUCGAACCUCAUCACAACGUAGCUCACGACAUGCUCCGAGCUGUCGCAUCACGAUCGGGGAAUCAUUAAUGUUUGAAGAAUUUCCAAAAACCGUUGCAAACCAUUACAGCACAGAUGCGAUUGUAAAACAAUCACAUUGGGUGAAGGCAGAAACAAAGCUUCUGGUAGCUUUUUUUGAACAAAAAUAUUUUUUAUCAGUAUUGUAUAAAGUAUGAUUGAGCAGGUCCAUUGAAGAGGAAAAGAAAAUGUUUAUUGUUGAUUAUCUCUAACAAACUGUCCCCGGAAUGCAACUAUCGCUCUUUUUAAUGCUGUGCUAGCAACCAUGUCCCGAUGAAUCGAAUAGCAAAUCAAUCCAAAGCACGAGCUAGGUGAUAACCCGCUCAUAUCCGCCUUUCCUCGACCUGUCAUCCACCCUUACCCCAACCCCAGCCCACCCAUCCACCCAAAAUUACGCCUAUCAAGUGAUCAACCUUAUUUAACGGCCAUAUUCCCUGCAGUCUUUACCAAUCAUGUUCUGUGAGCAGUUGUGUCAUAAUUGUUAAUAAUUAGUCAACGUACCAAAAUAAAAAUAGGAAAAACGAUUUAGAACACUAUCGAGCUGGAGUAUUCUUUAUAGUGAAUUAUUUUAAGAAGCUGUUAUUCUUCCUCGUCACUCAUUCACUCGUGUUGUUCCCAGCCAUUACAAUGCGACAAACUAUAUUUCCUCAAAAAAUUAAAUUGCAACCGUAAAGGCAACUGACUCACUCCUAGGAGUUCUUAGUAAAUCAUUUCAAAUUUAUCUAUUCUUACAAUCAUUCAAACAAAAGAGCCUUGUUUAUCAAUAAACAUACAACAGUUUCAGUUAAGUGAGAAGUAUUGUUUGUUGUUCCAUCUGAAUUAUUUUGUGAAACUUCCUGAAACUACUAAACUGAAACAUGUAUCAAUAAACGUAACAAUGCAGAAAAUAAUUUUGACUCGGUUUCCGAUAAUAUUACGGAAAUAUGUGAAUCAUUGACGAAAGGAUUCUGUGAUUGUUAAGCUCCAGGUAAAAUUGACGAUUUAAAAAGAAAUUUUACUUCUCUUUUUGCUACUUUUUAGUUGUACUUUACAAGUCACUUGUAAACAAAUUACUUGUAAAAUCAUUCAACUGCUGCUGUUAAAUUUUUGACGAUAUAGUUGCAAGGACAUUCUGCCACUGAAGAACUUGCAUGUUUAUUGAUUCACUUAAAAAUAAUGAGUCCAUUAGAAUUAUGGCAGAAAAUAUAUUGGGAUCAUCAUCUCAAAAUGUGACCUGAGGUAGGAGAUUCGGUUAUUCAUAGAAAAAAUACACCACAAUCCGAACAGGCUUGAAGUCCUAAAUAGCUGAGGAAGAGUUAUGGAAAAUACUGCAUGAAAAAAAAAAGUUUUUCCAUCCCUGCAAAAAGUUUACCUUUUGGCUGAUUUUUCCGACAUAUAAAAGACCUACAUAUAAAAAAGUCGUAUAUCAAUAAUCAAACAAUAGAUUAGUUUUUUAUUCUUCUUUACUUUGCUUUUUAUUUUGAAAAAUAACCCACUAGAAAAAAAGAUAUUACAAAAAUAGUCGAGUAAGGUACGUAAACCACACCA